UGAUCCCGGACAUAUUGCGUGAGGCGACAUACAGAUAGUGCUAUCAUUAUAUAUAGAUUAUCGCCUGAACAUGUUUACAUAUUUUAUUAGAUACAGCACGACAUACUGUUUGAUUGGAAUGUGUAAAAAGGUGGUAUAGAUGUCCUUCGUAACGUCUUUUAGCUGUUUUCAGAUAUACUACAAGCGAAAACUGCUGAUCAAGGGAGGCGAACAAUGGAGAACCUCCAAGAAAGAUUACUGGAGCACGUGGUGCCCGACCAGGUUGGACAGAUUGGCAAAGUACACUACAGCUUCACAGAGAUGCGGAUCGUCCACGUGCACUGGCCGAAGGUGAACACGGUAGACGGUCUGUUUACGGCCACCAACGGCGCGCUCCGUCUCCAGGGGAAGUACGAGAUACACAGACAAGGCGUGCUCGGAUAUCAUAAGGUUGGAGAGUUUGUGUUCGACCUCAGUGCCAUAGCACUCACCAUUAAGGAAAAUACUGUUUCAGAAGCCACUGCGGCCGCCCUAACUGAGCGACACCGCCAUCGCCAGCACCACCACCGGCCGCGGGCGAUGCCACACAGUGUUACAUGCGCUGUGGGUCACAUCAAGGUGCGGUUCCACGGCGGGGCGGCCCGCCUCUGCCAGUUCCUCACCGCCAUGUACAUCAAGGUCUAUAGACGUCACUUAGAGGCGCAGAUCACAAAGGUGAUUCAGGAAGCAGUUCAGGACGAUGGCCAAAUUCUCAUGUCAGCCUUGUCGGUGAUGGCCUCAAUGCACGGGGCGGCGGGAGAUAGAGCAACAGAAACAAUUACCGUGCAAACCACGUGUAAUACUCGAGUACGCGAGACGGGGACGAUACAGCGGUUUCUGGACAGUUUCGGCGGGCAGACGCCACCCACCUGACGUAGACGAAAUUACCUUGGUUACAAGUUUGGCGCCCCAUUCGCUUAUCGAAGGCCCGACGAGACUGUGAAAAUGGUGCUGCUUCAACGGGAUUUGAACAAUCGUUUUGUAGAGCUGUAUUUUAAGACAUGAAUUAUCAAUUACUUAAAUUGUGGUCAUUUUGAGGUAUAAUUUGAUGAACGUAUCUGUCUGAAGUUCCUAGAGCGAGCGAUGUCUAUAGUGUAUCACUGUAGGAGGCCUUCUAGAUAUGUUUUGCUUUAUUUAUAGAAAACAAAGAUAAUAAAUGAACUAUUGUCAUUAUUCAUCGAGAUAUUCGAAGGCGUAAACGAUCGUUUGGAUUGCCAUAAAUUCAUUAGCUAGCCUUUCCGCCAGAUAACCGGAAUAUUCCAUUCACAAAUUCCGCCUCACGGUUAACGCGUUAUUCAUGAAAUCAAAUUACAAAAUCAUAUUUCAGUUGGGUGGGGUAGAAAAACUUGAUAAAAAUUAUAUCGAAAAUGUGCCAUAUCAAAAUAUCGGGGAUCUUCAAGGCGAUAGAAUUUCCAGAUAUGCAAGCUUUAUACACCAAAAUCAAAUAAAUUCACGCACAAUCAUCGACAUGGCCCAUCCACUAUCUUGUGUUCUGGAUUCCAAGACCAGAUGGUUAUACAUGGUAAACAGGUGUCACUCUGGGUGCACAGCCUUUCUUGUACUUGCUCUUCCUGACAUGAAAUAAGAAGUUAUAAACAAAAUUUCUAAUAAUCGUUUUAUAAUAAAUUUAUAC